AUGUCUCGUGCAAUCUUCAUCACUGGCGCUACCGGAAAGCAAGGCGGUGCUGUCAUCAACGCCCUUCUUGCCAAGAGCUCUUCUGAGUUUCUCCUUCUCGCAGUCACUCGCAACAAAGAAUCAUCUUCAGCAAAGAAUCUGGCCUCCAAGUCUUCCAACAUAAAGCUCGUCGAAGGCGAUCUUGAUUCCAUCCCUGCUCUGUUUCAGGCCGCUAAGCGAGCCGCGGGAACUGUGCCAAUCUGGGGUGUGUACUCUGUUCAACUUUCCAUGGGCAAGGGUGUUACCCUAGAGGGCGAAGUCCGCCAAGGGAAGGGCCUCAUUGACGAAUCCAUCAAGGCCGGUAUCAAGCACUUUGUUUAUUCCAGUGUCGACCGCGGUGGUGAUGAGAAGUCUUGGACCGACGCUACAGUCGUUCCCCAUUUCAAGACCAAGUACGAGAUUGAGCACCAUCUACGCAACUCCACAAACAAUGGAAAUAGUUCUAUGAACUGGACCAUUCUCCGUCCCACCGCAUUCAUGGAAAACCUCGAGCCUAUCUUCGCGACAAAGAUCUUCCUCACCAUGAUUCGCGACACUCUGAAGGACAAGCCUCUCCAAUGGGUCGCCACCGAAGAUAUUGGCUAUUUUGCUGCCGAAGCUUUCACUGACCCUCAAGGUUGGAACAAGAAGGCGAUCAGCAUAACUGGUGACGAGCUUACUUUUGCUCAACUGAGCGAGGCUUUUGAACAUGCAACCGGUGGGCCUGCAGGAACCACCUUCGGGAUCCUGGGCAAGGCUUUGAAAGUUGGUGUUAAGGAACUUGGAAUCAUGGUCAACUGGUUCAGAGAUGAAGGAUACGGAGCCGAUCUUGCCAAAGUACGACAAUUGAACCCCGAGGCCAAGACCAUGGAACAAUGGGUUAAGACUAGUGCUUUCGUGAGUCAUUGA